GCGAGGGGCGGCGACGGCCGCGGGCGCCCGAGCAUGGCGGCGGCCGCGGCGCUGGACAGCCCGUCGGGCGCGGCGUCCCAGGCCGUGGCCGAGCUCUGCCAGAACCCCCCGGAGACCUUCCUGGAGGCCUCCAAGUUGUUGCUCACCUACGCGGACAACAUCCUCAGAAACCCUAAUGAUGAAAAAUAUAGAUCUAUCCGGAUUGGAAAUGCAGCUUUCUCUACUAGACUCUUACCCGUCAGAGGAGCUGUUGAAUGUUUAUUUGAAAUGGGCUUUGAAGAGGGAGAAACACAUCUUAUCUUUCCUAAAAAAGCCUCAGUGGAGCAGUUGCAAAAAAUUCGUGACCUAAUCGCCACCGAGAGAAGUAGCAGAUUGGACGGGUCAGAUAAGAGCCAUAAAGUAGAAUUAUCUCAGCAAUCGACAGCUACUCCCCGGCCUCCUGCAACACAGUCUUCAAAUCCUCCUGGGUUCACCCAGCAAGCAGGGCACCGUGAAGGGCAGCCUGCAAACCCACCUUCUGCUUCAAUGGUUACAGCUGACCACCCCGUCCUUCUGAGAGUUCUGCAGUCCAACAUUCAGCAUGUACUGCUCUAUGAGAACCGUGCUCUCCAGGAGAAAGCACUGGCCUGUAUUCCGGUGCAGGAACUGAAAAAGAGAUCACAAGAAAAGUUAUCGAGAGCCAGGAAGUUGGAUAAAGGUACUAAUGUGAGUGACGAGGACUUCCUUUUGCUGGAACUUUUGCACUGGUUUAAGGCAGAAUUUUUUCACUGGGUGAAUGAAAUUUUGUGUACCAAGUGUGGUGGCCAGACUAAGUCUAGAGGUGAAUCAUUAUUCCCCAAUGAUGAUGAGCUGAAGUGGGGUGCAAACAGAGUAGAAGACCAUUACUGUGAUACAUGCCAUUUAAGCAACCGGUUCCCAAGGUAUAAUAACCCAGAGAAACUUCUGGAAACAAGAUGUGGGCGGUGUGGCGAGUGGGCCAAUUGUUUUACACUGUGCUGCCGGGCCUUAGGAUUUGAAGCUCGCUAUGUCUGGGAUUACACAGACCAUGUCUGGACAGAAGUUUAUUCCCCUUCUCAGCAGCGGUGGCUGCACUGUGAUGCGUGUGAAGAUGUCUGUGACAAACCGCUCCUAUAUGAAAUAGGGUGGGGCAAGAAGCUUUCCUAUGUCAUCGCGUUUUCUAAAGAUGAGGUGGUUGAUGUCACUUGGCGAUAUUCUUGUAAACAUGAAGAAGUAAUCUCCCGAAGAACUGAAAUUAAAGAGGAUAUACUUCGAGAAACUAUUAAUGGACUUAAUAGGCAGAGACAAAUAUCUUUGUCAGAAAACAGAAGAAAAGAACUCCUUCAGAGGAUAAUUGUGGAGCUUGUUGAAUUUAUUUCUCCCAAGACCCCUAAACCUGGAGAACUUGGUGGAAGAAUAUCUGGAUCAGUGGCUUGGAGAGUAGCCCGAGGAGAAAUGGGUCUAGAGAGAAAAGAAACCCUGUUCAUCCCCUCUGAAAAUGAGAAGAUUUCUAAACAGCUCCACCUUUGUUACAAUAUUGUGAAAGAUCAUUAUGUUCGCAUUUCAAAUAAUAAUGAAACCAUUUCUGGAUGGGAGAAUGGUGUGUGGAAAAUGGAAUCCAUAUUCAGAAAAGUUGAAACAGACUGGAACAUGGUGUAUUUAGCCCGAAAGGAAGGAUCUUCUUAUGCGUAUAUUUCUUGGAAGUUUGAGUGUGGAGUAGUUGGCUUGAAAGUAGAUAGCAUUUCCGUUAAAACAAGUAGCCAAACCUUUCACACUGGAACAAUACAAUGGAAAAUGCGAUCUAAUUCAGCACAAGUAGAACUUACAGGAGAUAAAACUCUUCACUCAUAUCAGGACUUUUCUGGUGCCACUGAAGUUAUUCUGGAAGCAGAAUUAAGCCAAGGAGAUGGUGUUGUCGCCUGGCAGCACACCCAGCUGUUUAGACAAAGCCUAAGUGACCAGGAAGAGAAAUGCUUGGAGAUCAUUAUAAAAUUCAGUGACCUUUAAGGACUGGAAUGUUGUUGAAGAGCUGGCAAUAAUCAAAGCCUUACUCUGUUCUAAAGUAGUUUGUUGGUUCGGUGCAUGCUUAGUUGGCAAUUUAUUACCCUCUGCUCGCGUACUUCUUUUGCUAGCUCCUCAUCAUGUAAUGGUCAUGAAAAUAUAUCUUUAUACGAUGGACCAUAAUGAAACCGUGAAUUAAAAGCUCCCUUCCUUAUAUGACUGUAGAGUAAAGUCUUCCUGUAUCAAAAUGAAAUUUUAAAUCUGAAAACCCAACAAGUAUAGUUUUGGAAGUAAAUGAAGGUAUUCAUGACUAAAUGCUGUUCAUGAUUAUGAGAAAGUUUUGAGUUAAUGAUAGUUGACUUUUUUUUUGAUAAGCCAUUGAUUUCUUCAUGAGUAAAUUUUCUAAGCCUUUAAUUGUUAAUAAAUGUGAAAGUACCUUUUAAGUUAUAUAAUGCACAAAAAUUUUUAUCGUUGUAAAUAUGUAGGCAUUUAAGAAAUAAAAUUAAUUAUUUUGCCUUAUUUUUUUAGUGGUUACUUGGCUAAACAAGAAUCUUUAAUAAGGAUAAUAUACAUUGAAAACUGCUUAGGGGGCCUGCACAAUAGUAGAACAGGUAGGGCUCCUACCUUGCAUGCUGCCAACCUGGGUUCUUCCCCAACACUGUUUAUGAUUCUCUGGUUCUCCGAGCAUUGCUGUGAGGGAAGAGCGAGAAGUCAGCCUUGAGUACCACCUGGUGUGCCCCUCUCCCCCCAAAAAUAAAAAAACAGUGGAAACUGCUUAUCUGAGAAUUAUGAAAGCAUUUAAUAUUGACCACAUAAAUUCAGAGGUACAUUUUAAAUCCGUAAUAUGCGGAUAUUUCAGAAAAAUGCUUUACUUUUUAAGUUUACUUUUGAAUAUUUUUAUCUACCUCAUUGAGUAAAAUACCUGCUCUUGUCUUUGAAAUUAUGUAACUAUUGCACAGUAUUUAUAUUCUGUCACAAUUUUUGUGUGUUUCAUUUAUCCUCUGCAGUUAAAUUUAGUGAACAUUUACUGAGGAUUUGUGUGCAGAAGAAUCGUGCUCUUUUUGCAUAGUGUUGUGAAGGAGGCAGUGGUAAAAAAGAUGCAGUUCCUUUAAAUGUCUUUGUGAUGUUCUACAAAGUGAAUUCUUAACUUUUCAUACAAGAAAAAUUCAUAUAAGAAAAGUCUUAGAGGGGCUGGAGCAAUAGCACAGCGGGUAGGGCUUUUGCCUGGCCGACCAGGGUUCAAUUCCCAGCAUCCCAUAUGGUCCCCUGAGCACCUCCAAGGGUAAUUCCUGAGUGCAGAGCCGGAGUAAUUCCUGUGUAUCGUUGGGUAUGACCCAAAAACAAAACAAAAAAAUGUCUUAGAAAUUCUUAUCCUAGGAAAUCAGCAGGCCAUUUUUAUGUUAUAAAAAUGUGUACUAGGAAACAGAAAAUAAAGGUCUUUUAUACUUGGUUUUGAAUCAUAGUCAAACUGUUAAGUAUCACUUUCUUGCCAAAAUGCUACAUUUCAAAUAAAGUAGUUUGUGCAUCUGAUGUUAUUAGUAUGUCUUGAAAGAUUUGUAGAAUUACAGGCUCUUGAGUUAUUCAUAGCAUUGGAUAUUGGCCAAAUACAUUAAAUUGGAGAUACUUGACUGUUUCAAAGUGUCUGGCUUGGCUUAGUGGGUAUUUUGAUGAUUAAGUGAUGCAACCUUCUUAACCUGCAUGAGAAAACCUGGAGAACUUCAGUUUUACAAAGAUGGUAAUGAAAAUGUGAGAGCUCAUUUGAAUGUACUUGAUCUGUGAAAAGGAUGUUCUAAUUUCUGUUAUAGCUUUCAACAAAAACAAAAAGAUUAUUAUAGAAUUCAAAUGUUCUGUGUUUUUAUAGAAUUAAACUGUUGAAG